AAAAUAACAUUCCCUUAUCAGCAUUAGUAUGGAAUCUGUGAUUUAACCAAAUUAAAUGUUAUCUAAAAUGCGGUUAAAUAUGCUGACAAUUAUUUUGACUACAAAUAGGAAGUUUAAAGUAAUAUUUUUUAUAGUCGAUUUAAAUGAAUUGUGAUAAUACACAAAUUCUGAAAGUUUGGAUAUCAACCAUUAAAAAAAAUUAUAGAAACCAAGUUUUCUUAAAUAAGCAAAAAUGUUUAGGAAAUUAAUGAAAUAUAAGACAAUAGAAGCUAUAUUAUGUAGAAAAAAAAUCAAGUUAUAUAAAUAUUAUUCAAAGAUUGAAAAAAAUGAAGAGCUAUUAAAUUUUUUUCAAGAAAAUUUGGGGAUAUCUUUGAACCAAACAAAACUGAUUUUAUCUAGGUAUCCCUCUUUUAAUAACAUUUCUUCAUCAACGUUACUGCACAAUAUAACUUUUAUGAUGGAAUUUGGAAUUAUCAAAGGUGAUAUAAUUAAAACACCUCAGGUGUUACUUUUACAUACAAUAACGAUGAAAAACUAUAUACUAUUAUUGGAAGAAGGAGGAUUCUAUAAAUCAAAAAUUAGUCCAUUAGUAUUGUCAAAGUUUAAACAAAUGACACAAAAAUCUAUAGAAACAUUAAAAAAUGAUAUGUUAAUUCCAAAGAGUAUGGAUGUUGAACAGAAUUUAUUAUCGUAUGUCCAACUUCCUUCUAAUUUUUACCAAACAGAUUAUAAUGAUCUACUUUCAUGGUCUCAAGUUCAAGAAAAUGUACUAAAAUUAUAUAUACAUUGUAAACUUCAUAUGGAUUAUGAUAGUAUCGAAUAUGCUUUAAGUAUUUACCAUAGACUACGUAAUAAAAGUUUUAGGUUAGUUGAAAGAACUAUUGACAUUUUACUCAAUGAACUUAACUUUAGUGAAGAGAAGGUUAGAAAACAUCCUUAUUUAAUUCAUAGUGAUCCAGAUAAUAUAUUAAAUAUUUUAAAUAAUUGUAAAGAACUUUGUGGUAUGGACACUAAAACAGUUUUAAUAAAACAUCCGAAAAUAAUUUUAACACCUUUUGAAAAUAUUCAAAGUAUACAAAAACAUUUUAAGGACUUUUGUAUUCCUGAAUCAACUUUAUCAAAAGCACCUAAAAUAUAUACACUUGGGAGCACUACAGUUUAUGAGCGGUUAUGUCAACUAAAAAAAACACCAGAAUUAGCUUCAUUUAUGAGUAAUCCUCAAGUUGCUAGAUUAAUAUAUUAUUAUAAAAAAGUAAAUUUAAGACUAAAUUAUUUACAAAGCAAGAAUUGUGUAUCAAUUCACUUGUUAGCAUCAAAUUCUGUAUCUUUUAACAGAUUUAAUGGAAAUGGCAGCGAUAAAGUAACCUCUAAUGAUACAAUGAUUUACAUUGCUACAGAAUUGGAUGAAAAUAAAAAGAAAUUGCGUACAAUGUUGGCUAGACAUCCAUACUGGCACUAUAUUUCCUUAUUAAAAAUUAGGCAAACAUGUGAAUAUUUAAAAAGAAAAAAAUUUACUAAAGAACAAAUAUGUCAUAAUAUUCAAGUCUUAUUGUAUCCUAAAGAAAAAAUUGAUAAGGCUUUACAAGAUAUUCAAAAUAUGAAAGAUAUAUGUUUUUUGAAAAAUUCAUCUGGAAUAAUUAAAACAGAAUUUGUGUUGUCUUUAGUAUUAUACAAUUUAGAAAUGGAACAUCAUUUUUCUGGUGACGGCGUUUGGAGUACUAAUGAAAAGAAUAAACAGUUCUCUUCCUCAGCUUCCUUUAAACAUGCAUCUAAAGAUACUGAGGAGCUAGAUCAUGUACCUUCUCACAUGCCAGUAGCUUUAGAAUGAAAAAGAUAAUUUUUUAUGUACUACUUUGACUUAUUAUUACUUAUUGAACUAAUAGCAUUUAUUUCAGCAUACAAAUUAUUAAUUGUUGAACAUAAUUAACAAUGAUUAUGUGCUCUUUGUUAUUUUUAUUAUUAUUUAGAUAACAUCUAAUUUGUACAUAAAUAAAAAAUGCUAUGUGUUCAUGGUAAUGUUUUAAGACUAAAAUCAACAUAAUUUUUAAGUGUUCUAGAAAAUCUAAAAUGUCCCUAGUUGAUGUAUAUAUUUGUUUUUUGUACAGUGUUAUAAUAGAGUGAAUAUAAAUUUAAUAUAGUGAGUUAUUUAAAAAAAUUAUGACAUUA